AGCCGCAGGCCCGUCCCCAAGAUGGCCGCUGGGCCCCUUGGUCACGAGGGGGCACGGAAGCUCAGUGCGCCUGCGCGCAGGUGAGUUCCUUCCGGGCAUCCCGCCGAGGAGGCCGGCAGGUGCUGCUACUGCUGACCAGCUCCAUGUGGGGGGGGGGGAAGGUGUGGCAGCCACCAUGGAUUUCUCCAAGUUCCUGGCUGACGAUUUUGAGGUCAAGGCCUGGGUGAAUGGGGCCUUCCAGGCCGUGCAGCAGGAAGCCCCGGGCAAAGUGGAUGCUCACGCAGCUACCCUGGUGAUGAAGUUGCAGCUUUUCAUCCAAGAAGUCAACAAUGCUGUGGAAGAGACGAGCCACCAGGCUCUCCAGAGCAUGCCCAGAGUUCUGCGGGAAGUGGAAGCCUUAAAGCAAGAGGCAGCAUUCCUGAAGGAGCAAAUGGUCUUGGUGAGGGAGGAUAUUAAGAAGCUGGAGGAGGACACCGCUCAGUCAAUGCAGGUCUUAGUCAAACUCGAUCAUGUGAAAUCCCGAAUGCAGCUAGCUGUUGACUCCCUCCAGGAAGCAGACAAGUGGACCACCCUCAGUGCAGACAUCGAAGAGACAUUUAAAACACAGGAUGUGUCUCUGAUCUCUAACAAGCUGACCAGCAUGCAGAACAGUCUGGCUGUGCUGGUAGACACGCCGGACUAUUCAGAGAAGUGUGUGCACCUGGAGGCACUCAAGAACCGCCUGGAGGCCUUGGCCAGCCCACAGAUCGUCUCUGCUUUCAGCACUCAGUCUGUGGAUCAGGCCCGGCUGUUUGUGAAAGUCUUCACGGAAAUUGACCGAAUGCCCCAGCUGCUGGCCUACUACUACAAGUGCCACAAGGUGCAGUUGGUGGCAGCAUGGCAGGAUCUGUGCCAGUCAGACCUCCUCCUGGAUCGGCAGUUGACCGAGCUCUAUGAGGCGCUGCUGGGGAUGUGGCACUCACAGCUGCAGUGGACCACACAGGUUUUCCAGAACCCCCACCAGGUCGUGACUGUCCUACUGCUCCAGGUGCUGGGCGCCCUGACACCCUCCGUCCCCACCUGCCUCAGUGCCGACAUGGACCGGUGUGGCCCGGAAAGCAAGCUGAGUCGACUCCUGGAGCUGUACGGCACCACUGUCUACUUUGCCCACGGGCUGGAGGUUGCCAUGCUGCCCAGUCUGAGGGCGUGUAACUUGGUGAAGGUGGCCGAACUGGUGGACGCCGUCUUCGGCCCUUACAAGCCCUUCCAGCUGCAGUACCGGGCCUUGGAGGAGGAGAAUCUGCUCAUCCAGAUGAGUGCCAUCCCUCUGGAACACGGGGAAGUGAUGGACUGUGUCCAAGAGCUCAGCCAUUCCGUGAACAGGCUCUUUGGCUUGGCCUUGGUGGCUGUGGACAACUGUCUCACGCUGACUGACGGGCUGGGCGUGGGUGGGCUCCUCACUGCCCUGCAGGCUCUUUUCAACAAAUACGCCUCGGACUUCAGCAACACCCUGCAGUCAGUCAGGAAGAAAUGCCAGUUGGAUGACAUCCCUUCUGAUUCCCUCUUCCAGGAAGACUGGACCGCUUUUCAGAAUGCAGUUCGAAUAAUUACCGCCUGUGGGGAGCUCCUGCGGCAGUGCAGAGACCUUGAGCAGCAACUGGCAAACAGGAUCCUCUCCGCAGCAGGGAAGUUCCUCUCAGAGUCCUACCGUCCCUGCAGCCUGAGUGGCUUCCAGGAUCCUGGCCCAGAGAGGCAGAGCCACACCAAGAACCCCUGGCAGGAAUACUGCUACCUGCAGCAGGAGAGCCCAGCGGAGUACGCCGCUCUGCUGGAGACCCUUUACAUGCUCAAGGAGAAAGGGACGAGCCACAGUUUGCUCUCUGUGCCACGCUCCGCCUUCGCUCGCCUCAACCAGCUGGCCCAUCAGCUGGCCUUCGACUCUGUCUUCCUUCGCAUCAAGCAGCAGCUCCUCUUGGGGGCCAAGAUGGAGAGCUGGAGUGCAAGUAGCGCGGGGGAGAUCCUCACUGAUGACCUACCCGGCUUCAGCCUGACACCCCUGGAAUAUAUCAGCAACAUUGGCCAGUACAUCAUGUCCCUCCCUCUUCACCUGGAGCCUUUUGUGACCCAGGAGGACCCGGCGCUGGAACUCGCAUUGCAUGCUGGGAAGCUGCCCUUCCCUCCAGAACCAGGCGAUGAGGUCCCUGAGCUGGACAACAUGGCAGACUAUUGGCUGGGCGCUCUUGCCAGGGCCACAAUGCAGACGUACUGCGAGGUCAUCCUACAGAUCCCUGAGCUCACCCCACACUCCACCAAGCAGCUGGCCACGGACAUCGAGUAUUUAAUCAACGUGAUGGAUGCUUUGGGCCUUCAGCCUUCCAAGGCCCUGCAGGACACUGUGGCCCUCCUGAAGACCAAGCCGGAAGAUUACAAGCAGGCGGCCAGGAACUUUCCCCGCCGCCUGGCUGGCAAAAUCGCUGCCAUGAGGCACCUGGAUUGUUGAGCUGCUGACUUUGUGGCCCGAGAGCGGCCCCGUUGCUGCACCUAGCCAGAUACCCUGGAAGGGCCUGGAUGUGCCCAGUGUCCCCUCUGUAGAGUCCUCUCCUUGCUUGUGUAGGGGAGGAAGAGGCCAGAAAACAGAUGUGUGUGUUCAGACACAUUCUGUAAGUACUCAAUAAACCCCUUUAAAAGG